AUGCCGGCAUCAGGGGACGAAUUCGUCGUCGAUGGAUCAGAUGACGAUGCGCCCAGAGCAUCCACCCGCGGCCGCGCAGCGGCUCGAAGAGCAAAUGCUCGUGAAUCUGCCCAAAGCUUUGAGGUAACCCGAACUUGGGAUUUGCUUAUUGAAGGCGCCGAUGGAACCAUUACAGGGGCCGUUGAGGGCCUCCUUGAGGCGGGCAAGAGGAAAAGACUCCUCAAAGACACCACACCUCUCCAGCGCGGCAUCAUCCGUCACCUGAUUCUCAUACUCGACAUGUCCCUCUCUAUGAAUGAGAAAGACCUUCGUCCAACCCGUUACUUACUCACCCUAUCCUACACCGAAUCCUUCAUCCGCGAAUUCUUCGAGCAGAACCCGAUUUCUCAACUGGGAAUAAUAGGCAUGCGUGACGGUAUUGCGCUCAGGAUCAGUGAUAUGUCUGGCAACCCAAACUCUCACCUGUCUGCGUUGCAGAAAUAUCGCAAGGAAGAGCCUAAAGGCAGUCCUUCUCUGGAAAAUGCGCUCGAGAUGGCAAGAGCAGGACUAUUCCACUCACCUAGCCAUGGGACACGUGAAAUACUGCUAGUGUUUGGCGCUUUGCACACUUCGGAUCCAGGAGACAUCCACAAUACGAUCAACAGUCUCGUCCACGAUAAGAUCCGUGCUACGGUUAUUGGACUCGCAGCGCAAGUCGCCAUUUGUGCCGAACUUGUCUCUAGGACGAACGAUGGGGACUUAUCGCCCUAUGGAGUCGUAUUGCACGAACAACACUUUCGAGAGUUGUACAUGGCUGUGACAACUCCACCGAUCACCCAUGACAGUGCCAACAAAACAGCCCCAUCCCUCUUGAUGAUGGGUUUUCCUUCUCGAACUGUGGAGGACCACCCCUCGUUAUGCGCUUGUCACACAACUCCCCGAAGAGACGGGUAUCUGUGCUCGCGAUGCAGUACCAAAGUGUGCAGUCUGCCGAGUGAAUGCCCUGUGUGCGGGUUGACGCUAAUUCUAAGUACACAUUUGGCAAGGAGUUAUCACCAUUUGUUCCCUCUGGUUAAUUGGGUCGAAGUCCCCUGGUCGAAGGCUUACCGCAGCACUGCUUGCUUCGCCUGUUUGAAGCCAUUUCCUCCGAUCCCAAAGCUAAAUCAGCCCCCGAUAUCAACCAUCAGAGACCGUUCGCAAGGGACCGUGCGAUCUACUGGCUCACAAGCGUCGAGCUCCACUCCUGGUACCAGCCGACCUUCUCAACCUACAGUUCCUCCCCCGACAACAAGUACUAGCAGAUAUGAGUGUCCUGUCUGCCGUAAACACUUCUGUAUUGACUGUGAUCUCUUUGCGCACGAGGUUGUGCAUAACUGUCCUGGAUGCCAGAGUGCAAAGAUGCAGACAAGCUUGAUGGGGGAGACAGAGAUUCCGGCUCCUGAUGGGCGUGAAAUACAGGGCGAGAGCAACUCGACACAACAGAACGCGGUGGAGAGUCAGAAUGGAGAUAGGAUGAGUAUUGAUUGA